GGUUGUUUGGAGGUUUUUGCAGAGCUUUAAAGACCCGAUACUAAGGGUUUUUUCCCUUUUCUUCCUUCCCCUGUAACUCAUCUAUGUCUCAGCCUCAAUUCACUGUUUUCUCCGUUCUCGACGAGCCUGUCCGCUACUCGUUUGACAUUUACAUGUUCAAUUCCAUAGUGUCAACGUCGUGGUUGUCUUCCCGCGGGCUUCAGACGUCUCGUUCUUUGGAGCUUAUUGUCCAUUGUCAAGGAGAGCGUGGCACGGCUGUGUUAAGCAUGCGAUUCCGACCGUCCAAUUUCACUGAUAACGACAUCAUUCUCGGCCGUGAUUUCUUCGCGUUAUAUCGUGAGUUGUAUCCGAUUUAUGGCUCUAUUGAUGGUGUGUCGCAUGAAUCCAACGGUGACAUCAUUCCCGUUCAUCAUUUUGACACUUUCAUCCCAAGGGAUGUCGAUUCGGUGAUUGCUCUGUCUCCCUCGACCGUCCUGUCUGUGACAGGAGUUUCCACCUCCAUGUCAAACGACAUGAGUACUGGAAGUGGUCGUAGCGCUGCAUCCCGUGCCUCUAUACCCGCUGAUACCGCUGAUACCGCUGAUACUACCGCUGAUUUUACCGCUGAGACUCCUGAGAUGCAUGCCGUUGCUCCUAGCCUGUUGUUCGGAGAUUCUGAUUCUUCUGGUGUUGGAUUCAGUGUUCAACAGCAUAUUCUCACUUCCUUUUUUUUCAGUCAUAUCACUACUGGACCUCGUGCUUCUCUCUUCGUUGAGGACUGCAAUGUUCUUCAUGUUAUUGCUCGCAGUCAUGGUCUGACCUACGACGACAGUCUUGACAUCGCUACAAUUAGACAGUCAGUCUAUAAUACGACGUUUGAUUUUAGGAGAUUGCUACGGCUCUCAUAGAAAAUAUAGGAAGGAUGAUGAAUUUUUAAAGAACAUCAAUGAUACAUUUGACUGUGC